GCGGCCCAGGGCGGCGGCGGGGAGCAGGAAGGCCCGGGCCGGGGGGAAAGGUCGGAUUUGCUCGGCGGAAGAAACACAGAUGGCGGCGGCGCAGCGCCAUUCCGGGCCGGGAGCAGGCAGCCAGCAGCCCUGUCCUCACCGCGGUCCGCCCGCCGCCGCUAAAUACCCGGAUGCGCCGCCCAAGCGCCAGACGCGGAGCUGGGAAAAGGGAGGCAGAGGAGGCGGAGGCAGAGGCAGAGCCCGGUGCCGAGACCAAGCGACAGACCGGCGGGGCUGGGCCUCGCAAAGCCGGCUCGGCGAGCUCUCCCGACACCCGAGCCGGGGAGGAAAAGCAGCGACUCCUCGCUCGCAUCCUCGGGAGCCGCACUCCGGACUGGCCCGGUAGUCGGGGGCUCAGGAGCAGAUCCCGAGGCAGGUUUUGCUCAGCCUCCGACGAGGGCUGGCCCUUUGGAAGGCGCCUUCAACAGCCGGACCAGACAGGCCACCAUGACCGAGAAUUCCACGUCCGCCCCUGCGGCCAAGCCCAAGCGGGCCAAGGCCUCCAAGAAGUCCACAGACCACCCCAAGUAUUCAGACAUGAUCGUGGCUGCCAUCCAGGCCGAGAAGAACCGAGCUGGCUCCUCGCGCCAGUCCAUUCAGAAGUAUAUCAAGAGCCACUACAAGGUGGGUGAGAACGCUGACUCGCAGAUCAAGUUGUCCAUCAAGCGCCUGGUCACCACCGGUGUCCUCAAGCAGACCAAAGGGGUGGGGGCCUCGGGGUCCUUCCGGCUAGCCAAGAGCGACGAGCCCAAGAAGCCAGUGGCCUUCAAGAAGACCAAGAAGGAAGUCAAGAAGGUAGCCACGCCAAAGAAGGCAUCCAAGCCCAAGAAGGCUGCCUCCAAAGCCCCAACCAAGAAACCCAAAGCCACCCCAGUCAAGAAGGCCAAGAAGAAGCUGGCUGCCACGCCCAAGAAAGCCAAAAAACCCAAGACUGUCAAAGCCAAGCCGGUCAAGGCAUCCAAGCCCAAAAAGGCCAAACCAGUGAAACCCAAAGCAAAGUCCAGUGCCAAGAGGGCCGGCAAGAAGAAGUGACAAUGAAGUCUUUUCUUGCGGACACUCCCUCCUGUCUCCUAUUUUCUGUAAAUAAUUUUCACCUUUUUUCUCUCUUGAUGCUCACCACCACCUUUUGCCCCCUUCUGUUCUGACUUUGUAAGAGACAGGAUUUGGAUUCUUCAGAAAUUACAGAAUACAUUUUUCCUUAACCAGUUGUGCAAGGACAGCAACAACCAAUCUAAUGAUGAGAAUGUACUUAUAUUUUGUUUUGCUAUUAACCUACUUACGGGGUUAGGGAUUUGCGGGGGGGCGGGGGGGCUUGUGUGUUUUGUUGGCUUGUUUGCCAUGAAGGUAGAUGGGGGUGGGGAGAAGACACAAGGCAGUUUGUUCUGGCUAGAUGAGAAGGAACCCAGGAAUUAUGAGGUUAGCAGGAAUAUCUUUAGGGUGAGUGAGUUUUCUUUGAGUUGGGCACCUGUUGUGAGUUUCAGAACCUUUGGCCAGGAGGAGAGGUGGUAGGGAGCAGCCAGCCGGCAAAGGAAGGAGGUGGAAAAAACCGCCACCGGGCUGACUUCCACCUCCCAGUGGUGAGCAGUGGGGGCCCAAACCCAGUUUCCUUCUCAUUUCUGUUAGUUUGCCCUUUCGGCCUCUCUAUUUUCUUAGGGAAGGGGAGUGGGGUCCAAGUGACAGCUGGAUGGGAGAAGCCAUAGCUUCUCCCAGUCAGCUAGGAUGUAGCCAUUGGGGGAUCUUUGUGGCUUCAGCAAAUUCUCUUGUUAAACCGGAGUGAAAACUUUAGGGUAAGGGUGGGGAGUCAGCCAAGUGCCUCAGUGUGCCCUGUUGAAACUUGGAUUUUUCCACACAAUCGAUGGAUUGUGUUCUAGGAAGACUUUUCUUUUCCUCUGGAUUUUUUGUUCCUCCUGUACAAGAGGUGUCUUUGCUUGGUUUGGUGGGGCUGCGGCCAUUUAAAACCUCCCGAUCUUUUUUUAUUUUGAGUCCUUUAUUAUAAGUAGUUGUAGCUGGGGGAGGGGGAGGGGGAGUGGGCGGGCAGUGGAUAGUAAGACUGCAGUCGAUUUGGGAUUUGCUAAGUAGUUUUACAGAGCUUAGAUCUGUGUGCAUGUGUGUGUUUGUGUAUAUAUACAUAUCUAGGGCUAGUACUUAGUCUCACACCCGGGAGCUGGGAGAAAAAACCUGUACAGUUGUCUUUCUCUUAUUUUUAAUAAAAUAGAAAAAUCGCGCACUUGCGCGUCCCCCCCACCUCACCCUCUUUUUUAAGCAAGUGUUACUUGUGCCGGGAAAAUUUUGCUGUCUUUGUAAUUUUAAAACUUUAAAAUAAAUUGGAAAAGGGAGAAA